AUGUCUUCAAAUUAUCCAGACAAGAAAGACUCAAAAGGACAAGGGCAAUCUGAUCUAGAUGAUGCAUCCACAUUAUUGAUGUUUUCAAGUCGUAAGAAUCCACAAUCAUUACCACAAUCACAUCUCCCGCCUAGCACAAAUCUAACACCUGUUGUUGGUGUCUCCCAAGUAACUACCAACACGAACAAUGAUCAUAGAGAACAAAUAUCAUCAAAUAUAAACUAUAAUACUACUACUCUUGCAACAGAGCAUUCUCAUGCAAACCACGAGGGAUUUACUCAUUUGAAGUUGAGCCAACCGCCUUCUCGUAAAAGUUCAAAUCCUGCUGCAGUGGCAGCAGCGGCAGCAUUAGCUACUGCAGCAUCUGUCCCAUUCCCAUUGAAAAAACAUGAUACUGACGAAAUUACCAAAGAUGAAACUCCUGAUUCUAUGUCUUCAAAUCGUACAGAAAAACCAACAUUAGAACCAGGGAGCCCCAAGAAAUGGCCAGUAUUAGAUUCAUAUAUUGUAGAUCCGGAUUCAGGAAUUAUUACUUGUAUAUGUGGAUUUGAUGAUGAUGAUGGAUUCACGAUACAAUGUGACCACUGUUAUAGAUGGCAACACGCAAGUUGUUAUGGAAUAGAGGAUAUCAAUGAGGCUCCAGAACAAUAUCUAUGUAGUGCAUGUCAGCCAAGAAAGUUAGAUACGAAAACAGCAAGAGAGAGACAAAAGAGACAAAGAGAAUCCUUGUUAAAUAAAGUGAAAGGGAGUCCAGAUUCACAAGAAUAUAAGAAAAGGAAAACGAAUGAUGAUGAUGAGACUCAAUCUCAUCAUAAUUCAUCAACAAAUGAUACAACUAAAGAUACCGAUGCAAAGACUAAUUCACAGAAAACUGCCACUGUCAAUCAAAUUAUUUCUAUUGUUCCAGAUAUCCGAAAGAAAGAACAUUUAUUGCCACCCAAAGAAGCAUUUCCUUCUGUAUACCUAUCUAUAGAAGAGUCUCGUUACGAGGACAAAUAUGUCAAUCUUUUCAUCGAAAAGCACAAAAAUGAUGAUUGUGUAAUUCCUUACAAUUCUAUGCAGUUCAAAGCAAUACCCAUUGAUGUGAAAUCAUAUAAUGAAUCCAACAAUGCUAGAUAUUUCCCUGGAUUCAUGAAACUUGGCGUAUUUAUAACAGAUAGUUGUCAGAAGGACAAUUUUAUAACUGAAGUCGUAGGUGAUUUAGAUUUUCAAAAGAAUUAUUUAAUGGACCCAAGGAACCAAUAUAGAAUAUGGGGUACACCAAAGCGAAAGGUAACAUUUCAUGAAAAUUGGCCUAUCACAAUUGAUCAAAGAACAUGUGGUAACUAUACUAGAUUCUUACGUAGAAGUUGUGACCCAAAUGUUAGAUUAGCAACUAUUAGAUUAUCCGAUGGUUCUAUAAAAUUUGUUCUUCAAGCCAAACGAGCUAUUCAAGACGGCGAAGAAUUAUAUAUUGGUUGGCAAUGGGAUCUCAGACAUCCAAUUUUACAAAUAAUAAAUGGGACGAUCGAUUUUGAAUCGUUCGAUGAUACCGUAAAGUAUUCUCUGAUACACUCUGUUGAUACUAUCCUCAGUAAUUGCGAAUGUGGUUGUGGAAACAAUAGUAAAUAUUGUCAUCUUCUGAAAAUUAAAAAAAUUUCCCAGACUCUAGUUAAAUCUGUCAAAUCAAAGAUGAAUAACAGAUACAAAUUGAACCAAAUCCUAUGCCAAUAUCAACUGAAUACUAAGAAACGUAAGGGACCUAUUUUAAAUAGGUUAUCAAAUGAAAUUAGCAGGCGAAAGGAGCAAGACAUAAAUAUGUUGCAUACAAAUAUAUUGAACUUAUCAUACAGCGAUACCUCCAAGGUCAAUAACGGAAAGAAUGGCUUGAAUAAAACUAGUAAUAGUGAGAAAGAUAAGAUUAACAACAAUAGUCUUAUCGAAAAAAAUGUACAAACGAAGGAACCGUUUAUCCGUUCCCUAAUAAAGAAAGACUCUAUUAAUCCAAAUAUUUACAAGGGAAAGAAGGCCCUUGAUAAACUGUUAAGUAAUUAUGAUGACUUGGACGUUACCGAUAUUAAUAAACUACCAAUACCUGUUAAUUUACCUUAUGGAAAUCUUAUAUCUGAGGAAUUACCUGGAAAUACUAAUACCACUGUAGAUAUGCAAGAGGUGAGACCCGGAGACCACCAAGAUAAGAUAUCUAGUAACAUCAGUGAAAUUGAUACACCUAGAAGGGAUAUUUAUUCCAAAUUUAGGAAGCAAAUACUGGAACCUGGUUUAACACAAGACUCUCAUGCAAUAAAUUCAAAGAAGAAACUUUCGUUCGCAGAUUAUAGGAAAAAGUUACAAAAAUGA